UUGGUUAACAAAUAACAUUGAUCAAAGAUUUUAUGUUUGAAUCACUACAAUUUCUAUAUAAGUACAUGCAUAAAUAAAUACAUAUUCGUAUAUAUAUUAAGUAUUAGAAACAAUUGAUAUUUACAGAGGUAUUAAUUGUUGUUAAACAACGAAAACAAUGUGUUAUUUAGCAAUUGUAAAUCUAAAUAUUUUGUAUGUAUGAAAGAAUUUUGAGGAUAAUAAAAAGAAGCUGAUACGUAUAAAUAUAAAUCACCGUUCUAAAAAUAAAAUGUAACGACAAGUUGAGUCGCUAGGUUUCUAUAUAGUUAUAUAUGUAUUUACAAUGUAAAAAAAAGAAAAUAAAUCGAUCUGGCACAAUAUUUACCAAUAAGGAGAGAAAGAUUAUUAUACUAAUAAAGAAAAUGCGGGAGAAUAGCAGAAAAAUAGAUUUUAUGGCACAAAAUGUGGCCUUAAAGAAAUACUUGAAAUAUGUAAUACCAUAUGAUUUUUUAAGAUUGAUCAUGAUCAUGAUCAUCAUUGUAUUAUGUAUCUUGCUAUUACUUGUAAGACAGACAAAAUAUACUAUUAUUGAACAAUAUGAAAUAAAUGUAAUUGUUGAUGAUAUCCAUGAAAACAUAUCGGAUACGUUUUUUGUAUCAACCGUUAAGGAAAAAUAUAAGAUUAACUUAACGUUGGUUGAUACAGGAUUUGAAAGUGGUGAAAGUAUGCAAUGCAACAACAUUCCUGUAGCAUUACGCUUUGAUUGUCAUCCCGAAGAAGGGGCAUCAGAAUUAUCAUGUGCAAGUAGAGGUUGUUGCUGGAGUCCAGUUAAUAAAGAAAUUUCCAGAAGAAAACGAAUUCCUCUGAAUGUUCCGUAUUGUUAUUACUCAAAAAAUUGGACCAUAUAUAAAUAUGAAAAUUUUAGCAAGGAAGGAAAUGAGUUUUCUGGAUUUCUAAAACAGACAAAGGAUUCUUUUUACAAAACUGAUCUACCGUUUAUUAAGGUAGAAGUUAGCUCCGUGGAUGAUUCAAUUUUCCGCGUAAAAAUGUACGAUCCUCUAAAAAAACGGUACGAACCACCAUGGCCUCAUAGAUCGAAUCCUAAACCUUUCAGUGAGAAAAACGUAAAUGCAAAAUACAAAGUAGAUAUUGAUGAUGUGAAACCUGGCUUGAAAAUAUAUAGAACGUUAGAUGGUACAACCAUAUUCGAUUCUUUUAAUGUCGGAGGUUUUAUAUUUGCCGAUCAAUUUUUACAAAUAAGCGCUCUGUUGCCAACUCAUAAUAUUUAUGGUAUCGGUGAGCAUCGAAGCAGUUUAAAGCUAAACACUAAUUGGCAGUCUUUUACUUUAUUUAAUAAGGAUCAAGAACCGAUCGAGAAUGCAAAUCUGUACGGAUCUCACCCAUUUUAUUUGAUGAUUGAAAAUUCUGGUAAAUCUCAUGGAGUUCUCUUUCUGAACAGUAACGCUAUGGAUGUGAUAUUGCAACCAACGCCUGCUAUAACAUUUCGAAGCAUCGGCGGUAUCUUUGAUAUAUACUUUUUCCUAGGACCAAGUCCAGCAGAUGUUAUAAAACAAUAUUCCGAAAUAGUCGGCAAACCGUUUUUACCUCCUUAUUGGUCCCUUGGUUUUCACUUGUGCAGAUACGGAUAUAAGAGUUUAGAAAAGACCAAAGAAGUGUGGAGGAGAACCAUAGCAGCGGAAAUUCCAUUUGAUACGCAGUGGAACGAUCUAGAUUAUAUGGAUAAAAAUAAUGAUUUUACGUAUAAUUUGGAUAAAUUUAAGAAUUUGCCAGAAUUUGUGAAUGAACUUCAUUCGAGAGGAAUGCAUUACAUCCCUUUGAUCGAUGCUGGAAUAUCUGGUUCUGAAAUGAACGGUAGCUAUUUACCGUACGACGAAGGUCUAAAAGAAGAUAUAUUCGUCAAGGACGAUGCAACUAAUCGGCCGUUUAUAGGAAAAGUUUGGAAUUUAGUUUCAACUGUUUGGCCUGACUUUACGAAUCCUAAAACGCAAGGUUACUAUCUUCGGAUGAUGAGAGACAUGCAUAAAAAAUUUGCGUACGACGGUGCCUGGAUCGAUAUGAACGAACCGUCUAAUUUUUACAAUGGUCGUAAAGAUGGAUGUUCGCAAAAUAAUUUGGAUUAUCCGAAAUACGUACCUAAUGUUGUCGGUGGUAUACUUGCGACGAAAACUUUGUGCAUGAACGCGAAACAUUACUUGGGAAGUCAUUACGAUUUUCACAAUACCUAUGGAACGAGUCAAGCGAUAACAACUAAUUACGCACUGAGUAAAAUCCGAGGUAAAAGACCAUUUAUAAUAUCCCGGUCAACGUGGUUGGGACACGGACAUUAUGCCGGUCACUGGACAGGAGAUGUUUAUUCGUCGUGGCAUGAUUUAAAAAUGAGUAUUCCUGCAAUUCUGUCGUUAAAUUUUUAUCAAAUACCGAUGGUUGGCGCAGACAUUUGUGGAUUCAAUGGAAAUACGACAGCUGCAUUGUGCAAUCGUUGGAUGCAACUCGGUGCUUUUUAUCCGUUUUCACGUAAUCACAAUUCCGACGAUACGAUCGAACAAGAUCCUGUCGCAAUGGGCGAUUUGGUAGUGAAAUCAUCGAAACGUGCACUUACGAUACGUUAUUGGCUUUUACCCUAUUUGUACACCUUAUUUUUUCGGGCACAUAAGUUUGGAGAGACCGUAGCGCGGCCAUUGUUUUUCGAAUUUCCUCACGAUUCAGCUACUUACGGUAUCGAUACGCAAUUUUUAUGGGGAAGUUAUUUGAUGAUCGUACCAGUUUUAGAAGAAAACAAGGUAAAAGUAAGAGGUUAUUUGCCCCGUGGUCUAUGGUAUGAUUUUUAUACAAAGAAAGCCUCGUUUUGUAUUGGUAAAUAUUACACGUUGAACGCACCGCUGGACGUUAUACCGUUGAUGAUUCGCGGUGGAUCAAUUUUACCGGUACAGAAAGCAGCCAAUACCACGACGUACAGUAGAAAAAACAAAUUGGAAUUGUUGAUCACGUUGGAUCACGUUAAAGAAGCAAAAGGAGAAUUGUAUUGGGACGAUGGUGACAGCUUAGAUUCGUUUGAAAAGGGACAAUUUGUGUGGUUGUUGUUCAACAUCAAGAACAAUACUUUGUCGAGUUUCAAAGCGAAAAAGAGUUGGUUUCAAGAGAAAAUGAUGCUCGAUAGAAUCGAAAUAUGGGGAAUAACAAGAAAGGUUACGCAAGUUUUGAUAAACGAUCGUAAAAUACCAUUCGAGUACGAUACGAAAGAAAAUCGUUUGAAUUGCAACGAUUUACAAACGGAUUUGCGAAAGAAUUUUAAAUUGUCUUGGAAAUAAGUUGAUUCUAGAUUAAAUAAUUACAUACACAACGACUGACAAUGCAUGCUGUAUUUGUGAUUAUAUCAUAAAACGUACACGUACAUCCUGAUUCUGUGGAACGUAAGUAACUUGUGAUAUUAUUACAUGGUAAAUCGUGUUUUUCUGCCUUUGGCGACACGAUAUUUCAUUAUAUGUAUCUAUAUUAUUCAUAUACACAUAUAUUUCUAUAUACCGAAAUAAAUACUUUGAAUAGAAAGAAAGAGAAAACAUUUUAUUUGAAUGACCGUUUCAACUGUACAGUACAAUAUGUAUUAUAUAUAAUAUAAUAUAAUAUAAUAUAAUAUAAUAGAAUGCGGAUAACAGGCACGCGUGCACGUUUUUACGUGCACGCGUAUAACAAAAAACGAUAAAUAUAACUUGAAAUAUUUUCGAUAAUGCGCUCAACAGAAAACUACAAAGGAGAGUGGAAAAUAUAAAUGUGAAAUAACGUUUGUUCGAAAUCGCGAAAUCGCGAAAUCGCGAAAUCGCGGAAUCGAGAAGAAACAUAUAACAAUUGACCACGCAAGCUAUCGUGUGUCAAGGUGAAUAAAAAAUUGUUGCUUUGGCACCGUCGUCUAACUUAAAUCGAGUGAAAUUAAACGUCGAAACAUUGAAAUCUCCGCUCGAAUUGUACCGUAUUCGUCGAGUCCCCUUUGACCUCGAUCUAUAUUCAAUGCUUUCGACAAGGUUUGUUUGCAUUUCUAUACCGGGCGCAAAAGUAGAUUUCGAUCUUUCGAAUAAAUUUCGUGACAAUGUCUCGUCGUUAUUCGUAUCAAUGUACAAUUUCGCGAUUUGCUAUUAAACUUGAACGCGCACAGCAAGAUGAAUUUAUUUCAACGAUAUGCAAAUCGAACAAAUUCUCCUUUAUUAUGCGUUCUCAAACGAA